AUGGCUGCUCCUGACGACAUCGUGGACACUUCUGACCCAGAGGAGCUCGAGGAACUGGCUGCUUCAAAGCCCGAGUACUGGCUCACGACCGCGUGUGACAUCGCUCAACGACGCGACUUGCACAAACGAGUCCGUCUUGAUCUGUCUCCCGAGGAUCCGCCAUCCCCGCUCCAACUCCGUACGAAUCUUCCUGGUGCCUAUCCUUCUCCACACCCGCGACCAACACUCCUUUUACCAGAGCAGAAUGGUGGCGCGCCCUUGAGUAGUCCGACUUCAUAUGUCAUUCCAUCGCCGUCUCAGCGGGCGCCGCCGUCAGACCGAGGCGUAUCCUCCGCGUUCCUUGACCACGGAUGGCCUGAAACAGAUGAAGAGGGCAACUUCGUGCAAGGAUCAUCGAAGUUGAGCACACAACGGGAAGUAUCCAGAAAGGCGAGUACACGCUCUCCGUCCCCCUCGCCCGACCCGCUUUUGCUGUUCACUCCACCACGUCGAAGAAGCGCGUCGCCAGCCCAAGGACGCGUUGGCAUCUCCUCGCCCGCGUCCUCUCCCCUCACCCCCGCCUCAUCUCCCACGAAAUUUGCGGAGGCGACGCGUGUCCCUUCGUCCAGUCCCUCACAAACGGCCGCUCUGUCUCGGCAGCAGGACCCUCCCUUAUCCGUUGCCGAGAUAGCUGCCUUCAAGAAUGCAGCAGCAGCAGCCGAGCGCGCCCGCUACUCCCUCCGUGCGCGUAAUGCAAGGCAACUCAAUCCUUACGAAUACGACAAGCUGCUGUACAAGCGCCAGAUGCGCGCGGCUCCCGAAGCGAUCGUGAAGGUCGUCAGUCCCCCGCGUCCGCGACGGAGGCAGCGGUCGACGAGUGCGAACUCAAGAGACGCGUCAUCUGGGGCAGAGGACGAGUAUCAAGUGGGAGAGGACGAAGACGAUGAGGAGUCGCAGGCGCGUCGGAGGCGGAAGGUGAAGGAAAGGGAAGAGGAAGCGGAGGGUGGAGGGGAUGGCGAGGAGGGGAGGGGAGGGCACGUGGACAAGUGGCUCCCAGAAGCGUUUAGGGAGUCCUCGAGCAGUAGCGAGGACGAUGCGGAUAUCCUUUCGGGCCUUCAGACUGCGAAGACGGCGGAUAAGGAGCAUCGGCGGAAGCGACCACGACCGUUCCCAAUGAAGAAGACGGAGCUUCAGCGGUCUGUCUCUCCUUCGAAGCCUCAUGACAAGUCGCCUUCGCCUUUCCAUGAGCUGCCGCCGCACCCGAAGGAGCGUCCAAAACCUCGGCGCCGCGCACGAGAGCAUACUGCGCCUUCCCAACCAGACAUUCGCGCUGACGAUGAGGAUGAUGAUGACGAGCAUCUCGGUCCUGCCCCGACAUGGCGUCGUCUUCGCAGCGUGACAUUUUCCUCCCCAAAGUCCUCCCCACCACCGCGCCACUCUAAAACGCCUUCCCUUGAGCACCCUUCCCCUUGGGCAGACGCAGAUGACAACUUCUUCGCUGAAUGGGCUGGCGGCGAGGACGACGACUACAACGUAUAUGGCGACAUGUUUGCCCGUGCACAGUCCCCCUUCGCCCUCCCUGCCACCCCAGCGACCGAACCCGACGAUCCCAUGUCUGGCGCGAGCUCCGGACACCGUCCCCCGCCGACAUCGUCCGAGCCCAACGACAUCAUGGACAUCACCUCCGACACCGACUCUAGGCACGACGACGGCCCCAGGUCUGACUGGGGUUUCGACUCGGAGUCUUCCGACGACGUCGACCGGCGGCGCAGGAAGAUCCUCGGCCGCAUGAUGCCCGCGGUUAUGAUCAAGAAGAUAGAGACGGCGGGACAGGCCAGGAAGGCCGCCGCGGCGCGGCGGGACAGCGCCAGCGUCGAGCGCGAGCAGCCGUUGCUGCCUGGCCAGUCGCGGAGGCGUAUCGGCAGCCGGCGAAGCGUGGAGAUCGUGGGCGACUCGGAGUCAUCGGACGACGUGGACAUGCGCUCGCGUUCGCCAUCGCCCGCAUCGCGUGCGCGUGCGCGUGUGCGUGGGUCGUCGGACCAAGGGGGGCUGCCAGUGUCGGACGGCAGCGUGGAGGUCAUCGAGCCCAUCGGGCACCAGCCGCGCCCGAAGCAUUGCCCCCGUCCGGCGCGCAGCCACGUCUCUGUGUCUGACGAGGAAGACGACUCGUCUAGCGGCGUAGAGGACGUCGAAGAGGCUGUAGGCCGCUGGGUGUCGGGCGCGAAGGUGAGACGGCGCGCGCGGGACUAUGGGGAGGUGAGGGAGGGUGACCUCAUUGAUCGCAUGUUGUCGCGGACGAAUUUGGGCUCUCGCAAGACGCGGAAGCGCAGGAAUGGUGCGGAGGAGACGGGCAUCGGAGGACAGGAAGUAGCGGAGGCGGACAUGGAGGAACGAGAGGUGGCGGAAGGCCUCGGAAGACAGGUGUUGGUUUGGGCGGGCAACGCGCGACUGGACAUGAUGACGGCGGAGACGGACGCCCUGAUGCGCCACAAGGUGUCGGGCUCCGCAUUACAACGUCGGGUGCGAAACGUUACGGCGAAGGGCAUCAGGCGUUGCUACCAUUCCAAAGCUGUGCGUCCCCGCUCUCCGCGUCCCGGCGAAGUCCAUUUCACCGGUGACGAGCCUACGGACGGGAAGGGCAAACAAAAACAGAAGGCAAAGCAAGUAGGUCUAUACGUCUUCAAGUCUGACGCAACAUACCUGGUCUCAGGAAGGUCAAACGCGGGUCGUGUCACUAUUGAGGAAGAAGUCCCUGCGACGCGUGCUCCCUCCGGUUGGGCGAAUCGGCGAGGCAUUGCACCCAGGUCGAGGCAGCAACGCCAAUCCACGGCGCGCACCCACUCUGGCACUCUCGAGAAUGUCUGGACACCUGGUGACGACCAAUAUGAGCACGAUGGUUUCGUGGUGUCAGAUCGGGAAGCUCCUCAGCAGUCAUCACAGGAUCAGCGCGUAUGGAAGCAACUGCACCGUGUCACGGUCGACUUCAACAUCAAACCGUUCCCCGCUGGAAUCGCGUUCCCGAAUGCGACAUAUCUCGGACAUGGAUGGUUACACGAGCUCAUCACCCUCCUUCCCGGGAUACACGAGAUUCUUACCCCUCCGUCGUGCUCUAUGUUCGACUGCUACAUACAUGCCGACAUGUCUAUACUCGAAUUCACGACUUGUCUUGAGGCCAUAUACGACCAACUUCGAGAGCUUGUUCUUGGGAGCCUAGAGCCUGCAGACUAUCAGCAAUGUCAGCAAUGGCAAGCCUUCCUACAUUCUAUCUCUCAACACCUUUCAUAUUUCCUGGCCAAGGGGAGCGACGACGCGUACGCUACCCUUGCGACCAACGUUGAGGCUCUCAUAGAACGGCUGCGAAGUCUCAUGGAAGACCCGACCGAAAUCAUCCCGGACGAUGAGGUCUCCAAUCCGAUCGUUCUACAAGUCCUCUGGUUCCUUGUCGAAGCAUCCUGUCGAAUCGCAUGCGACCAGAAGCGCCGGGUCAACGGGCUCGACGGCGAUAUGGUUAAAGCCAACAUUAUCGCCCUUAUGGGCAAACUUUGGGACUUCACCUUUGGCCAUGCCGCAGUCUCACUGGAACUCACCCGAGAGGGCCUCACGGAUGCUAAGACGUCGCAGCAGAUCGCGGAGUUGUGGAUCUGCCUACUCAACCUGACGAACGACAAGGCGUUUCAAGCGUCGCUCCCGCCCCAAGACCUAUCGUUCUGGACAUGUUACUUGCAGGUCCUGCAGACAAGGGGCCUUCAAGCGCCUCAGACGGACCUGAAAGGUCGCGAGACCAUUUGGAGGAGUUUAUUCACAUUAUGCGUACUCUCCCAGUUCUCGAUACAUGGCCAUUCCUCUCUGACGCCUCGAUUGCCACCCUCCUGGCGUGUCGUCGCUGCUGUGCUUGAGCGCGCUCCUCUUACUGCGGACCCCGAGGUGGAUGCAUCCUUGACCCAUCGCAUCCUGCGGAAGCGGGAUGAGUACGUGCGAGUGCUUGUCACUCGGUGCUUGUGGUUGCAUCUCGAAUGGCAUUGGCGGCUAGACUCCGAUGACGUGCCGUCCGUUUUCAACCGUCUCCUGGAUGUAUUCAAGACUCGACGGUUUGCGAGCCUGACAGAUGAAGCGAGCGAUGCACCGAGCUUCCUGCGGGACUUCAACCUGUCUCUGUUACGUGAGAAGAGGCGUAGCGAUACCGCGUUCACCCUUUUCCUCAAGCUGGUCGUGAGGGCGGCGGACGAUAUGCGAAGAGACAACCCUCAAGUGACGAUCCCCGCGAAACUCAAGAAGAUCUUAUCGCUCGCCGUUCCUGUAGGAUCAGUCCCGUUCACGAAGGCGGCUCCAGCAUCAUCGCACGCCCUAUCGAUGCUUUUCAACAGAUUCAGCGCCGUCGCAGUAGCCAUAUACCUCGAGCCCACCGUCGCCAACGUCAGGUAUAGGCUCUCUAAUGCCCGCCGGUAUGUCGCCUUCAAAGAUACUGAUAACGAGACACGUCGCGCAUGCAUUCGCGGAGCAAUGUACCUCGCCAUUCUCCUGCGUCAUCUCUCGUUGCCUCUGGCCGACGUCUUGGAAUGGCUUACGGACAUGACGAACGUCUUACUCGACGAGUACGAGGCGAUCGGAACCAGUAAGGGGCCCGUCAUUGGUCCGGCGCAAAGGAAAGAGUGGGUCGUAACGAGCGUAGACAUGCUCCUACGUUCCAUUCACAAUAUCCUCAAGCAAUCGUCGAUGGACCCGGAGCGCGCUGUACACAAGUACCCUGACCCAGCUUUACUCCAAGGACCCUGGGUAACUCGAGUCUUCUCCACGACCACCAACUUGUCAACAAACCCGUCAACUGGCGACGAAAUUCGUCGCUUCGUCCAGGCUUUCCUCGAUGCACGUGCGCGUGUUAUUCCACCACCACGUCGGCCCCAGCGUCGCCCCGUCGCUGACGACAGUCAAGAAAGCCAAGACGACUACGGUCAGUUCGAUCUCGAUCUCGAUGAUCCGGAGCUUCUCGCUGCACUCGGUGAAGACGUCGCUGGUCCUUCCGGAUACAAGGAGAACAAGGAAAAAGAGCAGAUCGUCUGCGAGAUCAUCGACAAGCACAUCUCCCCGGCGAUCUACCGCCUGCUCUGCAAGUAUUUCAACGAUCCGGUCUACCAGGAGUCGGGAGAGUUGUCCUUCAAAGACGCUGAUGAAUGGGUCGACUGCUGGGUUGGUUGCGCCAGUGUAAUGGUGCAGAACAGCAAGAAGGAUUGGAACUUCUACUUCCAGUACGGGGCCCAGUCAUGGGAGCAUAUCAUGGACCCAGACGGAAGACGACGGAUUGGUCUGAGGUUCAUGUACAUGUUGCUGCAGCUGGAUCCUCCUGCAUACCUCGCCUACACGGAAGAGUUUAUGCACGUUCUAUUCAAGUCCAUGGCGACACAGAACAUCACGCUUGAACAUGACUAUGCAUCGCUGCUUUUCUCCAUAGACAGACUACACCAUCCCCUUCUGAGCCAUCUUCCGAUCAAUCCCCCAGCCGCGGACGGCGACUACCAUAUCACGAAGCAUGUGUUCGUAGAGAAGCGGCCUGCCAUGCUUGAAAGUCUUAUCAACACCAUGAAAGAUAUAUGUGAAUCACUUCAACCUGGUACGGUCAGCAGAGCUACCUAUAUCGUCUUCUGCAAACAAAUAUCCGACAUCUUCGCGCGAUACUUAAUACUCUGCAACCACCACCGGCUCACGACCCUCACGACUUGGCUCCGGAACGUCUCUUGA